AUGCCGCCUGAGCCAACUGCUUCUUAUUCUCGACAAGUGUCUAGUAUGAUAUCGUCCGCUGGGUCGGUGCUGCUGCGUCUUGGUGCUUGGAAUUACCUCCCGGACUUUGUAACGAGGAAGCUUCUCACAUAUUACCACCAAUUUCUUGUUUCUCAUGGACGCAUCCCACCUCAACACGGUUCCCGACGCUGGCAAACGCACUACCGAAUUGCAUAUUCAAUCUCCGUGCUCGCAUACCUUUCAUACAAUUUAUUUGAAGCGGCACGCAGCACACCUCCCAACUUCUACCAGGUACUUGGGAUAUCACCCGAUGCAGAUGAAGCAUCUCUGCGCAGUGCAUACCGAGCUUUCGCGAAACGAUACCAUCCCGAUCGGGCGGGUCAUGCAAGCGAACCUAUGUUCAUGGCUGUGCAGAACGCGUACGAAUCGUUGAAGAAUCCAUUGAAGCGCUUUGCAUAUGAGAGAUUUGGACCCGAUGCACUAAGUUGGCGUCAUUGCUCUGCGCCGAUGGACUGCCUUAAGCAUGGUAUCAUGCAGUCGUCGGGUUUUUAUAUUGUUUCUGUCGCUGUGCUGGUUGUUAUGUCGAUAGUGAUGAAGCCAAGCCGUGUUGCCUUCUGGCGCUACAUUCUGCUUCUCUCCCUGUUCGCCAGUGAACUUUAUCUAGUAGCCGGCCCACGCUCCUUCGGAAUCCUGGGCAUCCUAUUCCCAGACCGCGUCGCCUUUCAACAUGUACUUUUUCUGCACCAGUUAUUCGUAUUCUUGAGCAUCGCACUCUCGCAUGUCGUACCUGUGCUCUUCCCAGAGAGACAAAUGAUUCGGCCAGAGGACCCAGCGACGUAUGUGCCAUGGAUACAGAGACUCGCUGCUCUGGAGAGCAUGUCGGAUGCUGAAGUUCUUCGGAUGCUCAAUCUAGAGUUACACGCAAUGUCCAACUCAUCAACUUCUCAAGAUACCUCAAGUCCUGCUGACGUAAUGUUCGACUCUGUACCGCCAUGUGAACCCCCACCCGAGGUACUUAAUGAACUCUCGAAAGAGAUGGAAGAUAUACUUGUGGAGCAGUUCGUACACUCCGAACCGCCACUUCGAGCACUGUGGGACGAAGCUGUGAGAAAGUCCCGAGAAAGCCGAGCCGAACGCCAAUCUCAGGAGGGGGAUAGUGGUUCUCCUAGAGAAAUCGAGGUCAAUGCACUUCCGAAUUCAGACGUAGAAGGAACGACUGGAAUCGACUCCACGCUUACACAGCUACAUCAUGCAGAGGAUGGUUGUACGGCAAGAGAAAACCCGUGCCUGCCCUCUCCUUCUCCAUCUGUCUCACCUGAGAUACGUCCGAUAAAACUGCAUCCACUGAAACAGGCGAAUGGUGAUGCGCGAAGUCGUAUUGAUCUAUCCCAGGACCAGAAAGAGCAACAGGACGACGAUGAUGGUUCCGCUACGCCGACCGGCAGUGCCUUGUUAUCUCCCAAGAUUGCAGACAUACAGCCUCGAGUCAAUGGCACAGAGGAUGAUUCCCUUGUCCUUCGGACAACUAGCAGUAAUAGUGGAGGAGGGAAGGCAUUCAUUAGAGUCGUAGAGCGACGUUCUGUCUCACCUGAUUGA